AUGGCCAUUAUCCAAUCGUGUUGCUGUUGGAGGAGCCUUCGUAAAGGAUGUUAUGCAGCCGCUAUUUAUACUAUGGUCUACUUCUCCGUGACCGUGGUCACCAUGGGCCACUUCAUUGAUGUUGAACAUCGCUAUCUGAACGGCGCCAUGACAGAUCCAUUAUCAGAAAGUUUCCUGGAGCCUGAGAAGAUUACACCUCUUACUGUCUCGCUUAACAUCAGUCUACUAGCGUGCAGCACUUUCGGACUCCUUGCCAGCGCAGUGUUGGUGAUUGGCAUAUAUACGGACAAGAAGUACUUGCUGGUACCCUGGAUUGUGGCAAUGAUACUGGAAACCACUGUCGAGAUCAUUAACAUCAUGUAUCUGUUCUACCUGCAAUUUGUGGCACCGACGCACUUCAACCCUGUCACAUCGUUCCUCUUUACGAUGGACUUCUUCCUGAUCACGAUAAAUAUAUACGCAAUCUUGUGCGUCAUUUCGCAGUACCAGGAAUACUCUGCAGGCCGUGGGACAGCUGCCGAUGAGAGUAACGAUAGGAUUAUAGCAGUGCAAUUCAUUGCACAUGGUCAGCAUACCAUCACUACCAACUCGGUGGCGAGUGGUCGCCGUCGCUCGGGUGGUAGACCCAUGCCCAGCCGCCACGACCCUGAAGACUUCUCUGAGGCACCAGGCCGCGCCAUUGCUUCCAUGCUUUCGAAAACCAGCCGGUCAGCAAUAAAGAAACAUGUCCAGUUCCCAGACGAGAGGAGUUGUGUUGAGGAAGGGCCUAAAUGUCCAGUAACGCCCGUCCCCGAAGAGAAACCUGAAGCCCCCGUCAUUAGCUCUCUGUGGAUGGAACUGGAGUCGGAAACCCCGACUCCAGAACGAUGA